AGUGAAACGAAAACAGAAAAAUCGAAAUACUGAUUGCCUAACAAAACUUCUGAUAUGUAGACAAAUAUGGUAAAACACUAUUAAUGUAAGCUUUACACAAAUAAUGUUUACGCUAAUGUUUAUGAGUAUUUUGAAUAGAAUUUUAAAUAGUGUAAAAUCGCGCUUAAAAAUAUCACCAUUUAGUCCAUUUAAACAGAGUUUCGCCAAAGUCAAAGAUCCAAUUUACUUUUGUCUUUUAUUUACUCAGCAUGUUUGUGUUAGAUUUAAAAAAAAAUUAAACUGUCCUGUACGUUUCUUUGAGUCAGAACUAACUUGUUUAGAGUUAAUUUAUGGCCAUAGAGUCUUGUAACCUAAGUGAGUUUUGUGAAGUGUAAUAAUAAAUAAACUUGUCUUUUUUUUCUCUUUUUUUUUUUUAACUACUACUACUUUACUAUAGUCAGUUUAGUUUGAUAUAUAUAGCCUACAUUGUCUAGUAUAGCCUACUUUGUUGGCUCUGUGCACUCUUCUCUAAUGUAAGAAAGUAAUCUUGUGUAAGUCUAAAGUGAUGUAGGCACUUCGGUAUCGCCGGAAACACCUGAAAAAUGGGUAUCGUAAUUUUGUUGUUAAAAUGGCGACCUCCAUUGAUUAAUUUACUGAAAGUGUUGUUGCUUCACCUUUUAUAGUCGAUUUUUAGCAUAAUAAUAAAUUCUGCAUCGACCUAUUGCUUUAAGCUUGUGAUAUUGAGAAUUUAUUAGAUUUUUUUUUCGAGAUUAAAUCUUUGAAAAUUGAAGUUGAAUAUAGGAAAAAUUAACUGAUCAAUAACUUUUUUUUUAAAAUAAAGGUUUCUUUAAUUUAUAUGGUCUUUUAUAAAAUAUCCAAAAUUCAUGAGUGUAGGCCAAAGGCAGGCGUCAAAAAUGAAAAUCAAAGUGGUUUCUUUUUUAUGCUAUGUAAUUUUUCAUCAUGGCCACUAUGUUUGUCUGCAUAUUACUAUUACCAAUUAUCCAUAAUGGCCGUGGGUUAGUUAAUAAUUCAUUCAAUUAGUUAUCCAGGAUAUAAAUGGGAAAUUUAACUAAUCAUGAAUCAUUUUUUAAAUAAUUAAAAAAUGUUUUAUAACAUAAAUAAUUAUUAUUGGUUUAUGAAAUAUCAGUGGUUUUAAUUUUGGGGUUGGUUGCCAUGGAUAUGAGAUUGAUAACCACUUGACCUGUCUUUGACUUAGACUUAGAUAGUAUUACUAUAAUAAUGCGGCUCGCAUAGUUCUCCGCAAACGCAAGGUCGAGCAUGCAAAAACACUUCUGAGAGAGUUGCACUGGCUGCCGGUGCGUGCUCACAUAGAUUACAAAAUCGCAACUUUGUGCUACCGCUGCUUACAUGACCUGGCGCCAUCCUAUCUGAAAGAGCUGCUGACGUUUUAUGUACCCACUAGAGAGCUCCGCUCAUCCGAUAGUGGCAAACUCUCGACACCACGUGUUUGCCUUGAGACUUACGGAAAGCGCACUUUCGCAUUUGCUGGUCCAACAGUUUGGAACGCCCUUCCUGUCGAUCUCAGAAACAACCAGACACUGAAGUCCUUUAAAACCGAUUUAAAGACACAUCUAUUUCGCAAACACCUUCUGGGAUGAUUGUCUACAUUAUUUUCCAGUUAAUGUAUAAUGGCUGUGUUGCUUAGGGUUGAAAUGGCUAGAAAGACUUUGACAUUGUAUGCUUGUAAUUAGUUUUUGUAGUGUUGCGUUUGUUUUAAAUGUGGUAAAUUUAGAUUUGUUGUUUGUUGACUUUGUACCACGCUUCGAGCCUUUGGGGAUGAAGCGUGUUUUUAAAAUGAACAUGAACUUUAUUAUUAUUAUUAUUAUUAUUACUAUUAUUAAUAUAAUAAACCUAUUAUAAAUGAUUUGGGGAGUAGGAUAAAUAGUUUUUAUUACAACUAAUAUAUUAUAAGUUUAUAUAUGUAUAUAAAUAUAUAUGUGUUUGUGUGUGUCCUAUAGGCGUAGUGUAGUAUAUAGUAUAGGUCUAGCCCUAACCGAACUUAUUAUUUGUAGGGCAUAUUUUAAUAAAUGUAUGCAAUGAUAUUUUAGUCUAUGUAUUCAUAUUUUAAUGAAUAUUAUGAUUCUUAAGGGUUCUUUUGAGGCUUAAAAUAAGUAAAAAUUGAAAAAAAUAUUCACUUACCUGUGGUAUUGAAAUAUUCUAUAUUUUAUCACAUACCACAAUAUUUCACAAGAGAAUUAUUAUAUAAUCUUCAGUAAUCUUGAAGAAUAAACACACUUUCUGCCCUAACUCUUUUGCUGUGUAAAUUUUGUAUUAAAAAAAUGUACAUUUUUUUUAGAAAAGCCAACAAAAAAUUAGAGAUUUGGUUUAUUUAAAAAAUAUUUAAAAUAUUAUUUUUUGGUUUAUAAGACUAAACUUGGUGUCAAAUGAAAGAUAAUUGAAAGGACUAUAUGUUUUUGGAACCUAUUUCUUCAGUUAAAAUACAAGUUACAGAAAAGAACCAUAAAAUGUGAAAUCAUUAUAUGUUAAACCAUUUUCCCCCCAAAUCCUAUGAUGUAGGCAUACCUCAUCUUCACUUCUAUAACUCAAAUCCUCUAAAACUACUACUAUCAAAAUCUGAUGGAUCUAAAUAUAAAUCAUCUUCACUAUCAAAAGAAAUAGUAUAAAACAAUUCCAAACCUUUUUGAGCUAUUAAUUGUCUAGGAAACUUAUUCUCACCUACUAGGGCCUAUAGUAGCCAUAGCAACACUAGAAAAAAAUAGCGAAGAAAAUCAUUAAAAUAAUGCUUUAAAUCACAACAAAUAAACCUCGGUUUCGCUUAUAAACAAUGAAGUACCACUCUUCUAUGUUAAAGUCUUAUUUAAAAAUAGCUCUUAAAUAGUUUAACCGAGAAAUAGCAAAGAAAUAAACAUGAUAUUGAAACAACGUAGAGCGCGUUGGUCUGUGCCUUUGAGAACGGCGAUGAACGCAGUGUGCGUUGUUCUACAGGGAAAGAGUUAAUAAUCUAAGAAUUACAUAAGAUAUUACUAAAGAACAAUCAUAAAAACUUGUUCUUACCUCAAGCAAAUGACUAGAACUUAUUUUAAUUUCUAUCAACUGUUGAUGUUAACAAUACAUUUAGAUUUUAGAAACAUGAUAACUAUCUUAAAAUAAAUGACAUACUAUUUCUUAUGUCAUAUUCAUAUGGUAUUAAAAUACAUAAUAUGUAAAAAAAAUGGUAAAAUAAAAGUAUAAUCAUCAAUUUUCACCAAAUGAAUCAAAUAAUAUCUGUAUUAUUUGUUUAUACUUACAAAUAUUAAGCAAUUCCACAGAAAUAUGAAAUUAAUAUCUAAAGAAUAUUAUUAUUAUUAUUAUUUUCGGGAAAUUUUUAAAAAUAUCUUUCUAAAAAUUUAAUUAAAUAAAUACAAGUGAGUGCUGAGUCAGUAUAUUUUAUACAUUUUUUAAUAGGAAAAUUAUAGACAUUAAAUUUUUACAAUUUGUUAAUUUGGAAUAUUAACAAUCAUUAAAUUUAAAAUCUGUGUUUUAUUUAGUAAAACUUAUAUCUAACUAUAUUCCCUGUAUAUUUUAUAUUUUUAUCACAUUUUAUAAUAAAUUUAUAGGCGCAAAAGCAUAAUUCGUGUCUCAAAGUGUGGAGGAAAACUCUAUAGUAAAAAGUGUUUUUUGAGGUCCUUACUAAAAAAUUUAUAACUUUUGAACCACUUCAGCUCGAAAGUUGAUCUUGGUGUUUUUGUAAUUCAUUCUCUUUGCUCUAUACAACAGUGGAAAUUUUUUAUAAUUUUAAAUUUUUUUUACCGGAGUUGCUUAAAAAAAGAGUGUACAUUUCUGUGACUAAAAUCACAAACUAUUUUCUAAAGGCAAUAAGCUUGCAAAUAUUUUAUUAUAAGUAUUUACUUUUACAGAAAAUUUAAAUAUUUUUCUAUUUGGGGAUGUUACUUGUUAGGAGGUUACAGGCUAAUAGAUUCUCGCACCUUGAGAUAGUAGGGAUUGUUUCUGUCCAUAACAUUAUUUUUCAGGCCUUCUAGACUUUGUAUGAUCAUUUUGGGGUUAACGAGGAAGUUCCUAAUUGACCGGAAAUAAGAGGGAGGGAUGGUUAGUAAAUGGCAUUCCUGGACGACCUAUGGAGAUAGAGGAUUGUAUAUAAUAUAGAGUCAUCAUGACACAUACACUAGAGUUGACGCGGCCAUCUAAAGUGAAAGAUGUAUUGGUACUGGUCAUAGUCAAAGAUAGACAUAGAGAUUGACAGUUAGCCAAGUGUUAAAGUUAGGAAAGAGCCACUACUGAUUUUGUUGCACUAUAUUCAUCAAUACACCUUUUCUUUAUCAUUGUUGCUGAAGAGUCGUUUUAUGAUUUAUUUGUGUCCCAUGUAUUUUUCGAUGUAAUCGUCAAUGCCUGGACCGUCACGGAGAGGAGCGCCAAACGGCCAUGUUUUACUCACAAUAACAAUACCACUUGGUAUGUGACCAUAAGUACAGGCCAUAUCCUCAUACCAUCUGAUCUGUGACAAACGUACACUUGCUCAAAAAAUUAGUCAGGACAGCGAAUACACACACUGGUGUGGCAAAAUCAAUAAUAUUUAUCAGUCCGUGAAUUAACCCUCCAGAAUUCAGAAAAGUGUUUCAGUGUAAAACUAAAGAAAUGAACGAAGACUGCAAUGUAUCAUCUCCAUAACCUAAAAGAAUGAUGUUUUGCCCCAUGGAUUUGUAAAAAAGCUACACACUUGUAGUUUUAUCAUUGGGAAAAAAGAACUAGAUUUUAUUUUGAAAUUCCUAAUUACAGGCUUAUGAUAUAUUUUUGUUUUAAAAUAUAUCAAUUCUCUUACUAUUGUCUCAUUUUAUUUACAUUAUUAGUAAUCUUUACUGGUCUGCCUCUAUUUUUAAUGUGUACAAUUUUUUAGGCAGUAAUAUGAGCCUCUUUUUCUCCAGUGUUAAUGGUUUGGGUCAUGUUAUAGAUGGCUAAGGAUUGGUCCCUCAAGAGCCUGGAUGUCAUUUUUGCCAAAAAUACAGUUGAAGACAUUCUAGAGAAUGACAAAAAGAGAUGUGAGGAGAUUGACCUCAAUGUUAUGUGGUAUCAUGGGAAAAUGCAACGGCAAGUUGCGGAAAAACUCUUAAUAGAAGGUUAGAUGUAAAUUAUGAUUUUUUUACCCAAGCUAGGAUUGUUAGAGUAAUAAUGAUCACUAAAAUAUACAAAAGGUAAGGUAAGUAUCUCCCGAGGAAACUUUUCCCCGAGGGAUAUCAAAGAAUCUGUCUGAAUUUGUCAUUGGUUUGACAAAGUCUAGAAUAAGUCAAGGAUUUAAAAUUUAAAAAUUAUUUUGACUGACCCGAGCUAUUUUCCAUCACCCAUGAGUGUAACCUCCGUCAAACUACUACAUACUAUUAGAUGUCUAUCAUACUAUAAAUGGCCAUGUCAGUUAUUGUUUCAAUAAUCCAUACAAACAUUUUUUAUUUUUUUUAAACAUAGAUAUCUGUGUUUAAACAGUUAGUACGUUAUAAGCAUUUGAGUUGCCCUGGCAAAGAGACAUCUCCAACGUGCCCGAUAACGGGCUUAGGGGGGUGCUUUGGGGAGAUCAUUAAGAGCACUAGCUCGACGGCCGGCUGAAGCCGUUUCUUAAUGUGACAUUUCCGUUGUCUGAACUUUUAAGUUUCUGUCUAGUUUUGAACUGAAUCAAGUUCCAAUUCAUGAAAAUUGCAAUGUUGAGACAGAUUAUGAUCAUUAGGUUCAAACUGUUUAGUUCUCUAACUUUGGUUGUUUUAUUAUCAAUGUGAAAAGAAAUGAAAUGAGAAUUGAAAAAAAAACUCAUUUCGUUUCAGCUGAAAGUUUUGUUUUUUAAUUAACUUAUGUGAAGAAAUGAAGACAAGGGUUGACUGUACAAGAAGACAGCAGGUACAAAGCUAAACCAAUAUUAUUAAACCCUAUGUUAGAUAUCCUAUCCACAAUCAGCACCCACAUCCCUCCUCCCAUGUCCCUCAACAAUAAGACAUGCCAUUAAAUGGGAUUUUUGAGUGAAACAGCAUGAGGUUUUAACAGAUAGAGCAAGCCUCUGUCUCAAACUCAUUUCAACAAAUCGUUGCACUGGCUUAUUAUUGUAUUCACAGAAAAAUAUUUUUAUUUUUUUUCUAAUAAUUGAGUACCCUCUUAUGGUACUUGAAUUCUUUGACUGUUUCAAUUUAGGAUAUUCCAAUAAUGACAUUGUCUCUGUGGCAAGUUGUUUUUUAGUGGGUCUGAGUCUGACAAACAAAAAAUGCAAUCAUAAUAGAUUUAGGCCCUUCAAGGUUGAAUGCGUUACCUUUCUAUCUUUCCUUUUGACCCAGCCAUGCAGAGAAUGCCUGAAUUAGAUUCAGACGGUUUGUUCUUGGUGAGAGACAGCACAGCUUCUGAUGUAGACUUCUCCUUGUCUUUCCUCUAUGAGAAGAAAUGCUACCAUUUCUACAUUGAGCGUCAGAAAGAGGGCUUCUUCUUCAUCGAAGGCGGACCUGUAGUCCACGGUAUGUCUUACUUACCAUUGCUGAUAUAUAGCUUUUCAAUUUGGGGCAGAGGUUAGGGAGCAGAGUUGCCAUUCUAGGAGGAAAAAAUGAUGUAGAAUUGACAAUCUAUUUUAAAAAAAAUUUAAUUAAUGAUUGACAUAACCUGCCAUUAUUUUAUCUUUACUGUGUCAUUGGAUGUCGAUAAAAAAAAAAUAAAUAAAAGUCUAAAAAGGAAGGGAUUAUAUGUAGAUAUAAAUAAUUAUGACAUGUUUUGUGUCUCUUAGAAAGGCUCGUGAUUUGGUUCACAUGAAUAAGAAAUGUAUUGUGUCUACAGGGAAGUAAAUUUCAUGGUUACCUACAAUGACUUUCAAUGCACGUAGAUAAGAGCUCUCUUGUUCAAUGAACAUAAUCAUUGUACUUCCUGUUUCAAAACUACACAAUGCUGCUGUUGAUAAUUAGCAACUUUGUUUUUGUGUGGGACUUGGAAAUUUGAGAUCUUGAGAGAGAAAAAAAAGGCUUUGUACAUUGAACUGCAUCAGAGUUCCAGAAAAAAGAUUAAUGAUAUUUUAAUUUUUUUUGAACUUGAAUUCUUAGUUGAUCCCAUCUGCUGAUGCCUGUUGAGCAUUUCAUUAUAAGUCGAUAGCAUAGGUUAAUUCUAUACAGGUCACCCUUUCACUUCAUGUAAUAGUAAUUUAAUGUUUGUAAAGAAAGCUACCUACCAAUACCAAAUUAUAAUAGAGCACCAACCAUAUUAACAUUACUGGUUCAGGCACAAGCUAAAAUAAUUUUAUUCUGUCUCUUGCCGGUUUAUUGUUUAUUGAUGUCUUCUCUGUGAUACUGUCCCUUGCCAGUGUUUUUGUUUACUGUUGUCUAUUUUACUAUCCUUCAGGCUUAUCAUUCUGUCCCUUGCCAGUGUUUUCAUUUACUGAUGUCUAUUCUACUAUCCUUCAGGCCUAUCAUUCUGUCCCUUGCCAGUGUUUUUGUUUACUGUUGUCUAUUCUACUAUCCUUCAGGCCUAUCAUUCUGUCCCUUGCCAGUAUUUUUUUGUUUACUGUUGUCUAUUCUACUAUCCUUCAGGCCUAUCAUUCUGUCCCUUGCCAGUAUUUUUUUGUUUACUGGUGUCUAUUCUACUAUCCUUCAGGCCUAUCAUUCUGUCCCUUGCCAGUAUUUUUUUGUUUACUGGUGUCUAUUCUACUAUCCUUCAGGCCUAUCAUUCUGUCCCUUGCCAGUAUUUUUUUGUUUACUGGUGUCUAUUCUACUAUCCUUCAGGCUUAUUAUUCUUUCCUUUGCCAGUGUUUUCAUUUACUGAUGUCUAUUCUACUAUCCUUCAGGCUUAUCAUUCUGUCCCUUGCCAGUAUUUUUGUUUACUGAUGUCUAUUCUACUAUCCCGCAGGCUUAGAGAAGCUGAUUGAGCACUACAUUGAAGCCCCAGAUCGUUUACCGACCCGCCUCAGCAAACUUUGUAAAGGAACACUUCCCCCGCCCAAAGUCCGCAAAGACGGGCCAACCAACAUUCUCCACAAGGCUAUUUUAGAAAGUAAAAGUCAAAUCAUGCGAUCGUCAGUCUCGUCUGUCUAUCCAACCUGCAUCAUAUCAAACAUUAAUAAAACUAUUUUAUUUGUCCUGUAGAAAGAAACAAGUAGCACACCUCUAUUUCAUCAGUUGUCAAAUUCAUAUGUCUUAAACCUUCUUUAUUUUUGUACUAAAAAUUCUUUCAAUGGCUUUUUUUGUUUUUUUCAUUUGGCAGAAAGAGAAGAUCUUGCUAAAAAAAUUAUUAAUCACCCACUGCGGCCUGAUUUGGAUGCUAAGAAUUCUAACGGUUUGUAUUUUGCUUUUGGCUAAAAAUUCCGUUUUUUUUUGUUUUUUUUUUUGUUGUGGCUAAAAAUUUGAACUUACCUCAUUUAAUGUGAUAAACACAUUUUUUAUUUAAAAACAUUAAAAAUUUUAUUUGACACUAAAUGGGAUUUAAUUGUUAACUUCCUCAAGAGAUUUAAUGUUUAACUUCCUCAAGGGAUUUAACAGUUAACUUUGUCAAGGGAUUUAAUAGUUAAAUUCCUCAAGAGAUUUAAUAGUUAACUUCCUCAAGGACUUCAAUAGUUAACUUCCUAAGGGAUUUAAUAGUUAACUUCCUCAAUGGAUUUAAUAGUUAACAUCCCCAGGAGAUUUAAUCGUGAACUUCCUCAAUGGAAUUAAAUUCUUUACAACUGUGACUCUGCAGGCUCCACAGCUCUACACGAUGCUGCCUUUAUGGGACUGGACCAGACGGUCAGGUUACUCCUGCGCUUUGGUGCCAACAUCAAAAUCAAGAACAGAGAGGGCGCCACACCACUUCAUGUGAGUCAGAUAGUGAGGAAAUGUCAUUUGAGUCAGAUAGUGAUUUAAGACACUUAUGUGAGUCAGAUAUUGAUGAAAUGUCAUGUGAGUCAGAUAGUGAUUUAAGUCAUGUCAUGUAGAGACUGAACCAAAGUGAUUUUUCUGAUUUCGGCCAAAACUCAAACUGGGCCAAAAGUUAAAAAUGACCUUUGGCAGAAAUUGGAGCCCAAACCAAAAGCUAAAAGUGACUUUCAGCCAAAGCCGGAACCGAAAUAUUUGGAUAUUUGCAAAAUAAGUCGCAAAAAUUAUAAAAGUAAACAGGUCUGCAGAAGGCCGACUACAUAAUUAUUAUACAAACCGGUGAAACAUGCACACGUGUGUUAUUACAUCAAUAACAAUUUUUAUGAGCAUGAUAAUGAUGACUUUCAAGAAAUGAAUGAAUUAAAAAAGCCUAGGUUUGAUAAAUUUAAAAAAAUAAAUAAAUAAAAUAAUAAUGCAAAUAUUUCCAUUCCCUAGGAUUAUGCAAUUUUACUUCCUUUGCCUAUGACAACAUUGAUGAGCGUGAUAAUGAUAAAUCAAAAUGAUUAUCACAAAUGAAAGAAUUGAUUUAACUAUGGUUCCAAAUUUUAUUAUUGAAUGAUUGAAUCUAAAAUAAUGAUAUAUUUAUUUUACCUUUCCUUUAAUUUUUCUUUCACAAAACUGUUUACAUUUGCUAAGGCUUAAUUGAAAUUUAAUCUUUUGGAAGUAUAGGACAAGUAAGUCAUCAAACAGCUGUGAGCAGUUUUAGCAGAGUAUGAAUCAUAUAACAUACGAUGACAGCAAGACGUCGAGCUAUAAUGAAUACUAGAUUGCCGGCCUAGAGACAGACAGGCGGUCUGACUUCUGGUAGAUGACCGAAAACCUCAGUCACUUUCGGCCAGAUGGUCGAAAGUCUCAAUCACUUUUGGCCAAAACCGAAAUUAAACCGAAAUUUAACUUUUCAGUUUUGGCCAAAAACGAAAUUAAAUCAAAAGUAAACUUUUCUUGUAUCACCUGAAACCAAAACUAGACCAAAAGUGAUCAAAUAACAACUUUCGAUGACGAAACUGAAGCCGAAAUUCAGUCGGUCUCUAAUGUCAUGUGAUUCAGAUAGUGAUUUAAGGCACUGAUGUAAAUAGGACAGCUUUUAGAGUCUUCAUUUAAAUUGGAUAAAUUGGAUAGUGCUUGUACACUUCAUGUACAUGCUUGUACACUUCAUGUACAUGCUUGUACACUUCAUGUACAUGAUUGUACACUUCAUGUACAUGCUUGUACACUUCAUGUACAUGCUUGUACACUUCAUGUACAUGCUUGUACACUUCAUGUACAGUAAAUUAGAAUAUUUUUAACACAUAAGGGUCAAGUGGUCAGAUACGUAGAACCUGGUUGUUAUUUUUAUAUGACCAAAGUAGUGCAAAUACUUCUGGCUGAUUAUGGACUGGAAGAACAACAUUUUUAUCGUUUAUUCUGCAAUCUUAUUAAAUCCUAAAGCUACUUUUUAUAUUGACUUAAAAUUAAUUUGGAUCGUUUUGAAAAUUCUGAUGAAUGUAGAUUUAGGUAGGACAUUGAUAUGCUUUAUAUGUUGGUCAAGGAUUUUAUACACUUCAUUUAAAUGCAAAUUCUUUUAGACACAAUGUCAAUAAGGUAGUAUUAAAUGUGUUUAUUAAAUUUGGAUAGUAUGCUAAGACACUAUAUGUAAAUUAGGUGUUUAAAUACUUAAUGUGAGUUGGAUAGUGCUUGGGGCUUUUACAGUAACCUGAAUAGUGAUUAGAAACUUUAUUUAAAUUUUAGUGAUUAGACACUUUAUGUAAUGGAAAUAGUGUUUAGACGUAAAACUGGUAAGUGGGUUUGUCCUUCUCACCUGACAUACCAACAUCGUACACUUCAGAAAGCCUGUGAGGCCAACCAACACAAGGUGGCUGUACUGCUCAUCAACCAAGAUAGCACAUGCAUGCAGGAAAGAAAUCCCCUGGACAGUUGGGUCCCCUUGCAUACAGCUGCUGUCCAUGGUCACACGGAGUGUGCAAAUGUAAGUGAAUUGUUAACAGUUGACACUGUGCAAUAAAGCUUUAAAAAUUUUAUAAUGAAGCUAAUCCAUAGAUAAAAAUAUAGUGAUCAAAAUUGUAUUUCUGUCUCCAAUGUUUCUAUCUAUUAUUUGAUCACUGAUUUAAUAAGUUUUGCCUAUUUUAAUCUUUGUCUAGAUUCUCUUAAGUGCUGGUGCUGCCCUCUACCCCAGGGAUCAGACUGAGGCAACUCCUAUCCAGUUGGCAGAGCAGUAUAGGAGAGGGGAUUGUGUAGAGUUGUUAGGUAGGUGUGGGGAAGGGAUUGUGUGGAGUUGUUAGGUAGGUGUGGGGAAGGGAUUGUGUAGAGUUGUUAGGUAGGUGUGGGGAAGGGAUUGUGUGGAGUUGUUAUGUAGGUGUGGGGAAGGGAUUGUGUGCAGUUGUUAGGUAGGUGUGGGGAAGGGACUGUGUGGAGUUGUUAGGUGGGUGUGGGGAAGGCACUGUGUGGAGUUUUUAGGUAGGUGUGGGGUAGGGACUGUGUGGAGUUGUUAGGUAGGUAUGGGGAAGGGACUGUGUGGAGUUGUUAGGUAGGUGUGGGGUAGGGAUUGUGUGGAGUUGUUAGGUAGGUGUGGGGAAGGGAUUGUGUGGAGUUGUUAGGUAGGUGUGGGGAAGGGACUGUGUUGAGUUGUUAGGUAGGUGUGGGGAAGGGACUGUGUGGAGUUGUUAGGUAGGUGUGGGGAAGGGACUGUGUGGAGUUGUUAGGUAGGUGUGGGGAAGGGACUGUGUUGAGUUGUUAGGUAGGUGUGGGGUAGGGACUGUGUGGAGUUGUUAGGUAGGUGUGGAGAAGGGACUGUGUGGAGUUGUUAGGUAGGUGUGGGUUGGGACUGUGUGGAGUUGUUAGGUAGGUGUGGGGUAGGGACUGUGUGGAGUUGUUAGGUAGGUGUGGGGAAGGGACUGUGUGGAGUUGUUAGGUAGGUGUGGGGUAGGGACUGUGUGGAGUUUUUGUAGGUGUAUGGAAAGGAUUUUGUGAAUCUUGGGUAAGUUGUGUAGUAUGGUAGUUUGAUUGUCUGGAUUUGUUAUGUGGAUGUGGAGCAGUAUAUAAAUGUUUGAACCCACUUCUUUUUAAUUGAUUUUCUACAAAGUUUAACAAUCCCUUUGCAGAUGUGGUCAAUUUGAAAUUUUCAAUUCAAAAGAAAGUAAAUGAUAAUGACAAUUGUUAAUUUCCCAUGAAUGAUAAUGACAAUUGUUAAUUUCCCAUGAAUGAUAAUGACAACUGUUAAUUUCCUACCAACAGCCAAUUUUAAAGAACUUCCAGUAGAUACGCACAGAUCUGAUUGGUUUCAUCCCGAGUUGGACCGCCAGGUAACACAUCAAUUUAUAUCUUUUGUUGGUGCCUGAAUCUAUGUUAAUAUUCAUUAGUAUCUCAUUGGUGGUCAAUGUUCUCUUAAAAGCUGUAUGGUCCAGGGUAGAGACUGACCCAAAGUGAUUUUCUGAUUUCGGCCGAAGCCGAAAAUAGGCCGAAAGUUUAAAAUGACUUUCGGCCAAAACCGAAAAAAUUCCGAAAGUUUAAAAAUGACUUUCGGCGGAAACCGAAAAAAUACCGAAAGUUAAAAAUGAAUUUUGGCCGAAAAUGAAAUAUUAAGAUAUUUUGAAAUUCAUUCCCGCAUACAUUCUGCAUACAUCGAAAAUGAUGUGGGAAAGUAUAAAUAUUUACAUUAUUUUUAUAAGAAAUGAGAUAAUCGUGAAUAUUAAUAAAUAAACAUCUAAUAUAAGGGUCUCAAACUCGCGGCCCGCGAGCCAUUUGUGACCCAUAAGACGAUAUUUUGCGGCCCGCUACAUGACAGAAAAGUUUAGUGUAAAUGCGCCGGCGCGUUUCCCCCCAUUCUCAUAUCUAUAACGUGACUCUCCGCGACGGUUUCAGUCAAAUCUCUCCGACUAGUCUAAUUCUGAUUUUUUUUUUUUUUUAUAUUUCUAUAUAUUUUUGUAUGCCAGGUCUCUGGCAACAGUGAGUAGUUCUUGAGAACUCUUAAUGAUUUUAUUGCUAUUUAUAAAGGUUGAGCAGAUUGUAACAGUUGUAAUCGCUUUUUUGUGGAUUACUUGAUGCGGCCCACUCUCAUUCAGACACUACCUCCUGUGCCCCCCCCCCCUCUUCCCCCUAUGAUUUGAGUUUGAGACCCUUGAUCUAAGAAUACUUUGGAUUUUACCAUUUUAAUAUAAAAGUAAUUUAAAUUGCUUUACAAUUUUUUUUAAAAUUAGUAUGGUAGGAGAAAAUUGGGGAGGGAGGAAGGGAAAUUAAUGCAAAAUAUUUUUUUUUAAAACAGGGUCUCUAAAAAAUGUGGUUCUUAAAGAUUGCUUAAUUUGUUUUUAAAGAUCGUUUAAUUGGUUGUUAUUGAUCAGUUAGUUUGUUCUUAAAGAUCGUUUAGUUUGUUGUUAAAGAUCGCUUAGUUUGUUGUAAAGAUCGCUUAGUUUUUUCAUAAGGAUCGCUUAGUUUGUUCUGAAAGAUAAUUAAUUUUGUUCCUUAAGAUAGAUUAGUUUGUUCUUAAAGAUCUUUUAGUUUGUUCCUAAAGAACAUUUAGUUUUCUGUUAAAGAUCGCUUAGUUUAUUCUUAUAAAUCAUUUAGUUUACUAUUAAAGAUCAUUUGUUUUGUUCUUAAAGAUCAUUUAGUUCGGUCUUAAAAAUCGUUUAGUUUGUUAUUAAAGAUCGCUUAAAUUGUUCUUAAAGAUCACUUAGUUUGUUUUAAAGAUCGUUUAGUUUGUUCUUAAAUGAUGCUUAGUUUUUUGUUAAUUAUCGUUUAGUUUUUUGUUAAAUAUCGCUUAAUUUGUUCUUAAAUGUCGCUUAGUUUGUUGUUAAAUAUCGCUUUCGCUGAGUAUUAGAUGACCGAAAACCUGAGUCACUUUCGGCUGGCCGAAAGUCUAAGUCAAUUUCGGCCAAAACCAAAGAAAUUAAGCCGAAAGUUAACUUUUCAGUUUCGGCUGAAACCGAAACUUGGCCGAAAGUGAUAAAAUGGCCACUUUCGGCGCCGAAACCGAAGCCGAAGCCGAAAUUCGGUCGGUCUCUAGUCCAGGGUGAACCAAACCUCUCUAUGCCCUGUACCCCAAGGAAACUGUCAAUUAACUUUAUAAGAUAAAAAGGCAGUCUUUUUAUUUGUCACACCCACUUAAAAUAAAAUCUUACACAACCAUCUUAUACACUCAUCUUACAUAUCCUACUUAAACACCCUACUUACAUACCCUACUUACACAACCAUCUUACACACUAAUCUUACACAUAUUACUUACAAACCCAUCUUACACACUGCAGGUCACAGCCCCUGGGUGAGUCAUAAAUGCAGUAAAAAAAACCACCAAAAGUUAUUCUUUCAGGGAGCGGAGAAUGUCUUCAACAGCCAACAAAUGACCAGUGGCCUCUUCCUCAUCCGACCCAACAAAAACCUAGAGGGCCAGCAUGUGUUGAGCCUGGUCAGAGAUCGAAGUAUCUUCCACUACGAAAUUAAAACCAAGGUGAGACCAAUGGAGGCGGUGACAAACAUAGGCGGUGACCAACUUAGGCGGUGACCAACAUAGGCUGUGACCAACUUAGGCAGUGACCAACGUAGGCGGUGACCAACUUAGGCGGUGACCAACUUAGGUGGUGACCAACAUAGGCAGUGACCAACUUAGGCGGUGACCAACUUAGGCGGUGACCAACAUAGGCUGUGACCAACUUAGGCGGUGACCAACAUAGGCGGUGACCAACAUAGGCGAUGACCAACAUAGGCGGUGACCAACAUAGGCGGUGACCAACUUAGGCGGUGACCAACAUAGGCGGUGACCAACUUAGGCGGUGACCAACUUAGGCGGUGACCAACAUAGGCGGUGACCAACUUAGGCGGUGACCAACAUAGGCAGUGACCAACAUAGGCGGUGACCAACUUAGGCGGUGACCAACAUAGGCGGUGACCAACUUAGGCGGUGACCAACUUAGGCGGUGACCAACUUAGGCGGUGACCAACUUAGGCGGUGACCAACAUAGGCGGUGACCAACUUAGGCGGUAACCAAAAUAGGCGGUGACCAACAUAGGCGGCGACUAACUUAGGGGGUUAUCAACUUAGGCGGUGACCAACUUGGGCGGUGACCAACUUAGGGCUUUACCAACUCAAAAAAUUCAGUUCGAGGUUUAUCUAUGUGACAAGGUGGUCCAAGUAAAAGAUCCAAAACUUUAUUCUUUUUUGCCAGGGUGUUCCUUCCUAAAGCCUGAUUUUUUUGUUGUUUGUUAACACAGGCAACGAGCACGUUUUUUAAAAAAAAGUCCUUUGUAUAUUUUGGUCUGGGUAGUUUUUUUUGCCCUAUUUUUAUUUGGCAUAUGAGCAUGCAUAAAAUAAUUGUGCGUAAAUCCAUUUCUGGUAGGAAUAUCGCAACAACUGUGUUCAUUACAUUGAUGAUGGCCCCUUCCAUCAGUCCCUCGAGCAUCUCGUCCAGUAUUACCAUAGAUUUGAAGAUGGCCUUGGAGUACCCCUCAGGGCUUCAGUCUCGACAAGUCAGUACACUUUCUAAAAAACUCAGCACUUAUUUAAGACAAUAAUUUCAAAUGGUAAGGUGCUGAUCAGAAUGCUCUGUUUGAAAACUUGUUUGUCAUGUUGACUGAGUAUUUCCAGAAUGCUCUGUUUGAAAACUUGUUUGUCAUGUUGACUGAAAAUUUCCAGAAUGCUCUGUUUGAAAACUUGUUUGUCAUGUUGACUGAGUACUUUCAGAAUGGUCUGUUUGAAAACUUGUUUGUCGUGUUGACUGAGUACUUUCAGAAUGGUCUGUUUGAAAACUUGUUUGUCGUGUUGACUGAGUACUUUCAGAAUAGUCUGUUUGAAAACUUGUUUGUCGUGUUGACUGAGUACUUUCAGAAUGGUCUGUUUGAAAACUUGUUUGUCGUGUUGACUGAGUACUUUCAGAAUGGUCUGUUUGAAAACUUGUUUGUCGUGUUGACUGAGUACUUUCAGAAUGGUCUGUUUGAAAACUUGUUUGUCGUGUUGACUGAGUACUUUCAGAAUGGUCUGUUUGAAAACUUGUUUGUCGUGUUGACUGAGUACUUUCAGAAUGGUCUGUUUGAAAACUUGUUUGUCGUGUUGACUGAGUACUUUCAGAAUGGUCUGUUUGAAAACUUGUUUGUCGUGUUGACUGAGUACUUUCAGAAUGGUCUGUUUGAAAACUUGUUUGUCGUGUUGACUGAGUACUUUCAGAAUGGUCUGUUUGAAAACUUGUUUGUCGUGUUGACUGAGUACUUUCAGAAUGGUCUGUUUGAAAACUUGUUUGUCGUGUUGACUGAGUACUUUCAGAAUGGUCUGUUUGAAAACUUGUUUGUCGUGUUGACUGAGUACUUUCAGAAUGGUCUGUUUGAAAACUUGUUUGUCGUGUUGACUGAGUACUUUCAGAAUGGUCUGUUUGAAAACUUGUUUGUCGUGUUGACUGAGUACUUUCAGAAUGAUCUGUUUGAAAACUUGUUUGUCGUGUUGACUGAGUACUUUCAGAAUGAUCUGUUUGAAAACUUGUUUGUCGUGUUGACUGAGUACUUUCAGAAUGAUCUGUUUGAAAACUUGUUUGUCGUGUUGACUGAGUACUUUCAGAAUGAUCUGUUUGAAAACUUGUUUGUCGUGUUGACUGAGUACUUUCAGAAUGAUCUGUUUGAAAACUUGUUUGUCGUGUUGACUGAGUACUUUCAGAAUGAUCUGUUUGAAAACUUGUUUGUCGUGUUGACUGAGUACUUUCAGAAUGAUCUGUUUGAAAACUUGUUUGUCGUGUUGACUGAGUACUUUCAGAAUGAUCUGUUUGAAAACUUGUUUGUCGUGUUGACUGAGUACUUUCAGAAUGAUCUGUUUGAAAACUUGUUUGUCGUGUUGACUGAGUACUUUCAGAAUGAUCUGUUUGAAAACUUGUUUGUCGUGUUGACUGAGUACUUUCAGAAUGAUCUGUUUGAAAACUUGUUUGUCGUGUAGACUGAGUACUUUCAGAAUGAUCUGUUUGAAAACUUGUUUGUCGUGUUGACUGAGUACUUUCAGAAUGGUCUGUUUGAAAACUUGUUUGUCGUGUUGACUGAGUACUUUCAGAAUGGUCUGUUUGAAAACUUGUUUGUCGUGUUGACUGAGUACUUUCAGAAUGAUCUGUUUGAAAACUUGUUUGUCAUGUUGACUGAGUACUUUCAGAAUGAUCUGUUUGAAAACUUGUUUGUUAUGUUGACUGAGUACUUUCAGAAUGAUCUGUUUGAAAACUUGUUUGUCGUGUUGACUGAGUACUUUCAGAAUGAUCUGUUUGAAAACUUGUUUGUCGUGUUGACUGAGUACUUUCAGAAUGGUCUGUUUGAAAACUUGUUUGUCGUGUUGACUGAGUACUUUCAGAAUGGUCUGUUUGAAAACUUGUUUGUCGUGUUGACUGAGUACUUUCAGAAUGAUCUGUUUGAAAACUUGUUUGUCGUGUUGACUGAGUACUUUCAGAAUGAUCUGUUUGAAAACUUGUUUGUCAUGUUGACUGAGUACUUUCAGAAUGAUCUGUUUGAAAACUUGUUUGUUAUGUUGACUGAGUACUUUCAGAAUGAUCUGUUUGAAAACUUGUUUGUCAUGUUGACUGAGUACUUUCAGAAUGAUCUGUUUGAAAACUUGUUUGUCAUGUUUACUCCACUUUUCCUUUGAAGCAGCUGAUUCAAGAUUGUAUUUAAAUCAUGGCAUUGGAAUCCUCAGCUGUUAAGAUUGAAGUCUCAUUGCUUGAAAAAAAACAACUGAACAUAUACCAUUUCAUACCUACCUGCAUGUCUACCUUUGCAUACCUACCUGCAUGUCUACAUUUUCUUACCUGCCUGGAUGUCUACCAUUUCAUACCUACCUGGAUGUCUGCAAUUUCAUACCUACCUUACUGUCUACCAUUUCAUACCUACCUGCAUGUCUACCAUUUCAUACCUACCUUACUGUCUACCAUUUCAUACCUACCUGCAUGUCUACCAUUUCAUACCUACCACGCUAUAUAAAACCACUUAUAAUAAUAAUAAUGUCUACCAUUUCAUACCUACCUGGCUGUCUACCAUUUCAUACCUACUGCAGCUGCAUGUAAAUAUUUCAUGUUACAGUUACAUUUCACCUGAUAUCUUCUUUUCACAGACAACAGAAUCAAAGAGUUGAGUUUUCAGGAGACUUACAGUAAUCUCACUUCUCCCAAGUCUCCCACAGUCAACCCCAUGGCAUCUCAGAAAGGUAAAUUGUUUGUGGAGAUUUGGUCUUAAUUUUUGUAUCUUACUCUAAACAGGUGCUGCGCCCCCUCUCCCUCUCCCCCCCAAUUUAUUUUUCUGGGGAAAAAGACAAAGACAAAGAAAUAUGUUCAAACCUUUAUUAAAAUAUAAACACUAGAUUGGGGGGAAAAAACGACAACUAUUUGUGUUUUUUACAAAUUAAUUUACUCAUUUUUUAAUUAUAUUAAAUAAUUUUAAAAUUUCAAAGAAACUUUACAAAAUCAUUAGACCUGGCAACCCUAUGUACUAAGGCCUGGCAACCCUAUGUACUAAGGCCUGUCAACCCUAUGUACUAAGGCCUGGCAACCCUAUGUACUAAGGCCUGUCAACCCUAUGUACUAAGGCCUGUCAACCCUAUGUACUAAGGCCUGUCAACCCUAUGUACUAAGGCCUGUCAACCCUAUGUACUAAGGCCUGUCAACCCUAUGUACUAAGGCCUGGCAACCCUAUGUACUAAGGCCUGUUAACCCUAUGUACUAAGGCCUGGCAACCCUAUGUACUAAGGCCCGGAAACCCUACGUACAACUUAACCACUUUUUUUGCUUUUAAAUAUUAAUAUAGUAUUGAUAGGAUGUUACAGUUCAACAUCAAUAUAAUGACUUGAAUAAUGUGGGCUGCUGAUUACAUGUCAUUGGUCCGUAAGGCACUGAUAUAAGUCCACAUAAUCACACUUCAUUCAUCUUACAGCUAGACAUAAUCUAACUGUGCCUGAUCAUUACCCACCAACUCUACAAACACAGUUCACUCACAUAUUAGCAAAUCUUCACCUACACAGUUCACUCACAUAUUAGCAGAUCUAUACGAACACAGUUCACUCACAUAUUAGCAGAUCUACACCUACACAUUUGACUCACAUAUUAGCAGAUCUACACCUACACAGUUCACUCACAUAUUAGCAGAUCUAGACCAACACAGUUCACUCACAUAUUAGCAGAUCUAGACCAACACAGUUCCCUCACAUAUUUGAGAUCUUCACCUACACAGUUCACUCACAUAUUAGCAGAUCUAUACCAACACUGUUCACUCACAUAUUAGCAGAUCUUCACCUACACAGUUCAAUCACAUACUAGCAGAUUUUCACCAACACAGUUCACUCACAUAUUAGCAGAUCUUCACCAACACAGUUCACUCACAUAUUAGCAGAUCUUCACCUACACAGUUCACUCACAUACUAGCAGAUCUUCACCAACACAGUUCACUCACAUAUUAGCAGAUCUUCACCUACACAGUUCACUCACAUACUAGCAGAUCUUCACCUACACAGUUCACUCACAUAUUAGCAGAUCUUCACCUACACAGCUCACUCACAUAUUAGCAGAUCUUCACCUACACAGUUCACUCACAUAUUAGCAGAUCUACACCAACACAGUUCACUCACAUAUUAGCAGAUCUUUACCAACACAGUUCACUCACAUAUUAGCAGAUCUUCACCACCACAGUUCACUCACAUACUAGCAGAUCUUCACUUACACAGUUCACUCACAUACUAGCAGAUCUUUGCCAGUUUAACUUGUUAACAAGUGUUGAACAUUCUUUCAGACAAAUUUAAACCAAAAUUACCUCCACGACCACCUGACCUGGACUCACCACCUCCAGUAUCCGCUCCUUCACUACCUGUGAGUUAAGUGGAUAUCUCUAUCCUAUUGCUGUCGAUUAUUUUUUAUUAAAAUAUUCCUUGUAAAUAUCCAGAACAAAUCUCAGCUUAUGACGCAUGUCAACCUUUAUCAUUGUUGUUAAUUGAAUGACAAUGAAAUUAAUACCAACAACUAAUUUGCCUCCUUAUAAGGUGUAUAUAGUUGUUUUUUGUUUUUUUUUGUUUUUUUUAGAUAAUUUUUGUUUUUUUUUUAAAUUUCAAUGCAGCAUUGACGUAUAUGUUAAAGUUAAAUUUUUCUAUAAAAAAAUUUAAAAGAUGAAAUUUAUCUGCCCUCUUUACUCUUUAACUAUUCCAAUUUAUUCAUAUUUGUAUUGUCAUAUCUGAGUUUUUCAGGUUUCAUUUAAACUUCACUUUCACGCAAAUAAUGAAAUAUUUUUUAAAUUCUGUUCUAGAUAUUAACAGGAUUUUGUGAAAAAGAAAAUUGUUAAUAUUGAUUAUAAAUUAUAAAGUUGCUUGUUUAAAAUAAAUAAUUAACAUUUUUAUUUGACAAAUGUUCUAGAUUUCUCAUUUUUCAACACCUGUUAUGUUAGAUCAUAUCUUUUUUUAUUAUCGGAAAUAUAUUGGACUCUUACUUCCUGACAGCCCACCCCUGCCUCAGCCACAGCACCCACUCCAACAACAGCAUCCACCCCGGUGCCUGGCGGGGAAGAGGAGAAGGAAAAACUAAAAGAAAUCAGCCCAAAAAAUCUCAAACUGGGUACGUACUUCUCACAUACUGCUCACAUACUACUCAUGUUCAGCUCACAUACUACUCAUGUACAGCUCACAUACUACUCAUGUACAGCUCACAUACUACUCAUGUACAGCUCACAUACUGCUCACAUACUUUUCAUGUGCAGCUCACGUACUGUCCCUCUACUUUUUGUCAUCGGUCAUCAUCAAAUGGCUGAAACAUUCACAUAGUAAAGUUACAUCUCUGUUAUUGUUGUAUGGUCUGUAUUAUUUUUAUAUUGAUUGAUUCCUGAUUUAAUGUUACUGCACCCAUGCUUAGCAAAAAGCAAGGAUUCCCUAAUGAGCUAUUCAAAAAACGAUUAAGUUAAAUAUGACAGCUUGAUUGAUAGGUUAUCCAUUCUUUGUAAACAAAACUCCACACAGCCGUAAUAUCCUUUCCUGAUGAAUUCAAAAAGGAAUGUUCUCCCUGUUUUACGAUAGUGUCUGUUUGUCAGGUAAUGAGCUCGGUAAAGGUGAAUACGGCUCUGUCCUUAAAGGUGAGCUGGUGGUGGAGAAAAAACUCUUCAAGAAAGAAAAGGUGAGAAUUUUUGUGGGACAUGGGAGAGGUGGGUCGAUGGGAUGGGUCUAUGGGGUGGGUCUAUGUGGUGGGUCUAUGGGUUUGGUCUCUGGGGUGGGUCUAUGGGGUGGGUCUAUGGGUGGGCCAGGUUUUAUUUAUUCCUUUAUGUUUGAUUAAUUCUUUGAAUCAGGUUGGUUUGUGUUGGUAAUUUAAGUCAGGGUGAGUUAAGAUUGACUUGGUUAUUUGAGUCAGGGUGAGUUAAGAUUGACUUGGUUAUUUGAGUCAGGGUGAGUUAAGAUUGACUUGGUUAUUUAAGUCAGGGUGAGUUAAGAUUGACUUGGUUAUUUAAGUCAGGGUGAGUUAAGAUUGACUUGGUUAUUUGAGUCAGGGUGAGUUAAGAUUGACUUGGUUAUUUGAGUCAGGGUGAGUUAAGAUUGACUUGGUUAUUUGAGUCAGGGUGAGGUAAGAUUGACUUGAUUAUUUGAGUCAGGGUGAGGUAAGAUUGACUUUGUUAUUUGAGUCAUUUGAUUCCCUCAAACUGAGGUCGGAUAUAUGCAGUGGGCUUUGGGUCAAGAGCUUUGUUUCUUUCUCAAAUCAGUAAGGUUGUACAACAGUUUUGAGUGUUUGGUUAGUGUAAAUGGUUUGGUCAGUGUAAAUGGUUUGGUCAGUGUAAAUGGUUUUGUCCAUGUAAAUGGUUUGGUCCGUGUAAAUGGUUUGGUCAGUGUAAAUGGUUUGGUCAGUGUAAAUGGUUUGGUCCGUGUAAAUGGUUAGGUUUUUAAAUUCAUAUGGCUUAAGUUUAACUAGUGGGGCUAUUGUGUGCAAGGUGGUUGCCUUUUUGGCCGAAGAUACAAUGAUGGUCGUCUACCACUGUAACACUGAUUUACAUUGUUUCAGAUAAAUGUAGCUGUCAAGACAUUCCAUUCCGUUGGCAAUGUAGAUGACUUUAUGUUGGAGGCCUAUGUCAUGCAGUCCCUAAAAAAUGACUUCAUCGUCCAGCUGUUGGGGGUCUGCCAGGGCCCACCCCUCAUGCUGGUAUGGUUUGGAAAGAAGUUUUUUUUUUUCAAAAUGGGUUUGGAUUGUAGGUCGUUCAACUCUGGGAGAGUCUGGCUAGGUGAACUUUGGGGGUUGACUAGGUUAGCAACCUUCUUUGUUGGCCAACGAGGGGACAUUUGAGGGUGGUCAGUAUGUGAUUUUUUAGGUGGCCAGCUAAGGGACAUUUGAGGGUGGUCAGUAUGUGAUGUUUGAGGUGGCCAGCUAGGGGACAUUCAGGGGUGGUCAGUAUGUUAUGUUUGAGAUGGCCAGCGGGGGGACAUUUGAGGGUGGUCAGUACAUGAUGUUUUAGGUGGCCAGCUAGGGGACAGUCGGGGGUGGUUAGUAUGUGAUGUUUGAGGUGGCCAGCUAGGUGACAGUUGGGGGUGGUUAGUAUGUGAUGUUUGAGGUGGCCAGCUAGAUUGUCUGGGUAGGGUGACUAGAUCACUUUUUGAAGCCACUACCAUGAAAUUAUUUAUCAUCCCAAUGGCCUCAAAUAGUUACCAUUUUUUUCUUCACUAUAAAGAAAUGAUCAUUAUUAAUACGAGCUGACUUUGGCCAGUGAGAGUUUUAUUUCUUUGACAAGAUUCGCUACAAAGUUCACAAUGUCCUGUUUUAUCCUUGAAGCGCUAUUUCCAGUUUAAUGAUUUAUUGCAUAUCUUUGACAAUGGAAGUUUUUCUUUCCAAGGUGGAAGAGUUUGUCCCCAUGGGAUCCAUGCUAGACUUCCUUGAGGACCACCCUGAGAAAGUCAGGGUGAAACAGGAACUGUACCUCUGGGCGGCUCAGAUAGCCCAGGGAAUGAUGUACUUGGAGACCAAGAGGCUUGUUCACAGAGAUCUGGCUGCCAGGAACAUUCUUCUGUUCUCAAUGCAACGAGUAAGUCAAUGGUUACAUUUAUUGGAAGGGCGCUUCAUUGCUGGUAAUUUUCAUUAACUUGUGGUCACGGUCAGGUAUAAAUGGCCUAGUGAAUUUUACAGAACUUCCUGUACCGUUAUGAUUGUUUUAACAUUUUUUAUAAAAUUUCUUUCCAAUUUUUCAAUUUUGUAAACAGUCCUUGACCUUCGUAAUAUAAUGCUAAUAUGGUGAAAUAUGUAUGCGGCCCUCCAAUAGCUUUUCAUAUGUCAAUGUGGCCCUACGCAUACAAAGUUUGCCCACCCCUGGCCUGGUGGACAAUUUCUCAGUUCUUUAUGGCCAAAUGGUCCAACUAUAUGGCCAAGUGGUCUACUUGACAGUUCUAUAUGGCAAAGUCGUUUAACUAUUUUGCCUAGUUGUCACAUCUGAGAUCUGUAUUCGAUAGAUGUUAAGACAUAUGGGUCAAAUGGUCGGAUAUGUAGAACCCAUUGGUCAUUUGUAGAUGACAAAAGUAGUGCAAACAUCUCUGGCUGAUAGGUGAGUGGAAGAGCAACAUUUUUUAGCAUUAAUUCUUCAAUCUUAUUAAAUCCUAAAUCUUCUCAAUACUUUUUUUUCUUGAAAUGAAAUUAUAUCAUUUUGAAAAUUCCUGUGAAUAUAGAUUCAGGUACGCCAUUAUUUACAUGUUGGUAUAAAUAAUUUCUUCAUCAAUAAUCGUAAUUUUCCUCUAGGUAAAAAUUAGCGAUUUUGGCCUGAGCCGAGCCAUGGGGACAGACAAAGAAUAUUAUAAGGCAACCAAAGGUGGACGUUGGCCUAUAAAAUGGUAAGAUAAUGAAAUUCUUUGAAGCUAUAGAGACGUAUUCUGUGUUGGGUGGAAAAGAUAGGGGGGUGGGGGUUAAGUACAAGGCCCUUUGUCCAUGUUUGUGUCAUGGCCCUUUGUCCAUGUUUGUGUCAUGGCCCUUUGUCCAUGUUUGUGUCAUGGCCCUUUGUCCAUGUUUAUGAUUUCCAAAGAGCUUAGAAAAAGAUGUAUACAAGUGUAAACAAUUAGCAUUGAGAGAUAUAACUGCCCUGUGGAGCAAUGGUAGCAAUGUAGGGCAAUGGUCGCCCUGUGGUGCGAUGGUAGCCCUGUGGUGCAAUAGUAGCCCUAUGGUGCAAUUGUACCCUGUGGUGCAAUGGUAGCCCUGUAGCGCCAUCGUAGCCCUGUGGUGCAAUGGUAGCCCUGUGGUGCAAUGGUAGCCCAUCUAUUUCAUAACCGAUAGGAAGCUGGUUUAAAUUUGGACAUGUGAGGCACUGAACAUGUUACCAUUGUUCAUGGGUCAUCUAGGCACUGAACAUGUUACCAUUGUUCAUGGGUCAUCUAGGCACUGGACAUGUUACCAUUGUUCUUUGGCCAUCUAGCUGCCGCAAACAUGCUAACAUAUUCAAUAGCUAUAAAAACAAUGAUGUUGUUUGACUUGAAGGUUCUCAUUUUCUCCAGGUAUGCCCCUGAGAGUGUCAACUUUGGCCACUUUUCCCACGCCAGUGAUGUGUGGAGCUACGGCGUCACACUGUGGGAAAUGUUCUCAUAUGGUGGCGCACCAUUUGAGGAUAUGACAGGAGUAGAGGUGAGAUGUGAAAUUUUUUUUAAACAAUUUCAGGAAAUGGGUAAAAUUCACAUAGGAGAGGUAACUGGCCCAUGCAGUAGAGCAUCUGGGCCAUAAUAGAAGGAAGCAGGUUCAAGUCUCUACAGUUGAUCCAAGAAAUUCAAUUGUAAAAAUAUUUACAUGGCCACUACCAGCUCCAACGUUUAAAAUAGCAGCUACAAUUAUUUUUAUAUUUCACACAAUUCACAGGUCAUCAAGUUCAUUGAAGACGGGAAUCGACUGACUCGUCCAACAAAGUGCCCGCAAGUGGUCUAUGAAGUCAUGUUACGCUGUUGGACAAACGAGGCGGCACAGCGGCCUACUUUCUCAUGGCUCAACAAACAUUUUGAGGAAGAGCCUGAAUACAUGAGCGCCCGUGAGAUAAUGAGAGCCGUCCGUUCCCAUUAAUAAUUCCUAAAAUUUUACUUCCCUUUUUUUUUUUUUAAAUUUUUUCUUGCAAUGCAAAUUACGUUUUUGCAGUCCCCUUUCUUCAGCACGUGUCGUCUGUGUUAAGUUGUAGGAAAAACUGUUUUUAAUUUAAUCUAGCCAGUAUUCUUGGGACUUGUGUUUCGUGUUAAACCAGUCACCUCGUAAGGCACAGAGUAUUAAAUGUUUCAUGACAUUAUUCUUGAUAGUAUUACAAGAGUCAUUGACCUCAUGAUGUUCAUCAGUAACUGGUUUGAGAAGAUAUUCAUCAGUAACUACUUUGACAUCAUGAUGUUCACCAGAAGUGGCUUUGACAUGGUCUGAGAAGACAUUUAUCAGUAGCUACUUUGACCUCAUGAUGUUCACCAGAAGCGGCUUUGGCAUGGUCUGAGAAGACAUUUAUCAGUAGCUGCUUUGAUGUGGACUGAGAUGACACUUAGAUAUACCAAUUUUCAUAAGAAAUGUUGCAGGUUAGGUUUAGACAAGACAGAGACAAAAUUAAAUUAGCAGUUUGUGAAGAAAAAAAAAAUCCAAAGAAAUGGCCUGCAUAGAUGCACCAAUAUAUUUGAUUGUCUAGAAUCACCUGUCCAUUCAUUUUGAGGCUUUUUAUGUGUGGCAUAAAAACCAGAAUGUGCCAUGACUUUAACUUUAUAAUGAGGCACAGUCAAUUUAAAAGUAGUUACAAUUUUUAAAAAUCUCCUUCACAUAACGGUAUCCACCAAAGGUAUAAAAUAAUCAAUGUUAAGUUUUUAAUUGUUCUUGGCAGCCAUGUGACACCCUACUAUAAACCAUGAGGAUUCCUUUAACAUUAUUCCUUCUGCUCUAAAUCUCCAAAUGGUGUAUCAAAAUUUUUUUGCAUGGUAAGUAAACUCCUGUAUGUCCACCCCCCCCCCCUCUUUUCCCUGUUCCACUCUUCCUCCCCCACUAACAGAAUCCAAUGGCCUUUUUACAAGACCAAUAUCUUAUCUUCACAUAUACUAAAUCUCCAAAUGGUGUAUCAAAAUUUUUUUGCAUGGUAAGUAAACUCCUGUAUGUCCACACCCCCCCCCCUCUUUUCCCUGUUCCACUCUUCCUCCCCCACUAACAGAAUCCAAUGGCCUUUUUACAAGACCAAUAUCUUAUCUUCACAUAUUUAUUAGAAUGUUAUUGUCAUGUGUAUUCCUUUGUAAGGAUAAAUGUAUUUUUUGUUCUUACCCUUGAUAUAUACACAUUGGAUUAGUUACAUAAAUUGGUUUCUUUGUUUCAUUUUUUUUUGAAAAUUUCAAAGUACCUUUGGUUCACACAAAACGGAAUGCUGAUUCAAUUCAUAUAAUUUAAACUAUUAUUAUUAUUUUUAUUAUUUUUCUUAUUAAUACUAAUAUUCAUAUAUUUAUUGGUAUUGUAUACAAAUUAUAUGGCAGCUGGCCUGUCAUCUCAAAAUUAUUUUUAAUUUAUUAUAACUCAAAUAUUAUAUUAAAUUUUUUUUCAUAUAUUAAAUAUUUGGUGUUUUUUUAAAGGUUUGAUGACCUUUGACCUUCUGGAAGUUAAGAACAUUUUUUGACAGUCCUUGACAGUGACUUAGAGUUAAUGCUGCCAUUUACAAUCAGCUCCCAAGAAAUGAUAAGGUCUUCUGCCGUUUAGUGCAAAAUACAUGAAAACAUCCCAUUUCAUAGAUGGUUUUAGAAAUGGAAUUUUUUAGGCAAAUAAUCAGUACUUGUUUUUCAUUGACCAGAAUUGAUUUUUUUUUUUUUUUUUACUUUGGACUAGGGUCCCAAUUAGCAACAGUUUUGGGAACCCCUGGUUGAAGCAUUAUUUUAAGAGUUUCCAAAUGCCUCACAAGUUUUAAAAAUGGAAUUUUUUAGGCAAAUAAUCAGUACUUGUUUUUCAUUGACCAGAAUUGAUUUUUUUUUUUUUUUUACUUUGGACUAGGGUCCCAAUUAGCAACAGUUUUGGGAACCCCUGGUUGAAGCAUUAUUUUAAGAGUUUCCAAAUGCCUCACAGAAAUGUCAGACAUUCUCUGAAAACGUGAUUUUGUUCUUGUCUUUUGGUCUUCUUAUCCAUGGCGGAUUGGUUGACUGGGUUUCUUGAUUAAAGAUUCUGUAUGAAAGUUUGGAUGUAACUUUGAGAUGAAAUGUCCACAAUCCAUCAGAUAUGUUUUCAGUUUUUCACUUUGGUUUGAGAACCACUCAGCACUUGGUAUAUUUCCAUGUACCAAAUAUAACCAUGACCUAGAAUUGAUCCAAGUACUACACAGUGCGCUCACUUGGUUAGAUGUUAACAACACAUAUGUUCGAGUUCAAUGCUUGUUUUCCUCCAUAUUUAUGGCUGCAUACAAUGUAAUGUUUUAAUAGAACAGCACUAGCAGUUUUUAUUUUCACUCAGUGUACCUUCUAAAAAAUUUAAAGGACCCAUGUUAACAUACAACCACCGCUGAAACAUUCUGGUCCAGUUUAGGGAUGUUAAAUAUGAAUUUUUUGUCAACCAGAGCGUAGAAAAGUUCACUAAAAUAUAUUGUUGCAGAUAGUCAGAAUAUUAUUGGAUUGAUAAAGAAAUGUAAACGCCAUUUUCUUUUUUAUACCGUUAGGGAAUGCAUGCAGAUCAAAAUUUAAUUAAAAUACCUCUCCCCUACCCCAACUGUAGUUUUAUCAACCCAGCUCACCACUAAAGACAGAAUGAUGGUCUAACAUCUGCACAAUGUCAACAAUGUCAUGCAUUUGUCCCAAUAUUGCACAGAACCAAAAAAUUCCAUGAAUUUACAUAUAUAAUGAGAAUACAUUGUUGUUGGUUUUUCCAGAACUGCCCUUCUCCCCACCCUUCACCACCCCCACCACCCCCACCCCCGGCCUCUCCCCCAUUAUUAUCUCAGAUUUCCUGACAACUUGCAUGGCAAUAUUUCUGGAUGCUCAGGCUCGAACAACCGAACAUUAAUUAAUGGACCACAAAUGCCAUAAAUGUUUGUGCCAUAUUUGUAUUUUCCUCUCCAUCUCUACCUUUUAAUAUAUUAUUAUUAUUGUUUGAAUUUGAUGAAGUUACUGAAUCGAUUUUUUUAAAUUUAUUUUAUCAAUUAUUGAAUUUUUUCCACACAAAAAAAGUGUAAUAUAAAGAAGAAGACACUAGUUAAGUGUUUUGUAUCAAACCAGCCCUCAGAUCACAUUGUAAAGUACUUUAGAAAAAGGAAAAGGAAUUCAUUUUCUCGUAUGCCUUCUUCUCUCUCUCAGCUAAUCUCAUUCAUAAUCUUUCAUUCUUCAUUGUUUGGUUAAGCCACUUAUCAUGCAUGUGAUUCAGUUGCUUUGCACUGACCUCUUGGUGUGUUGGGAAGUUUUGCCAUGCUUAUAAACUAUGGUAUUGUUGAUGCUGUUUACAAAAUAGUUUGUGUUAUAAAGUAAGAAUUAUUGUAAAUUAAAAGAUAUUAAAAAGUACUUGAAGUUUUGAAGCUUUACAUGUUGAAUUUAUCACAACUGAUUGUGGGUGAAUGCAAAUAUGGA